AUGCCUCUCGUUUUCAACAUAGCUGGUAAUACUUAUCAACAUUAUGCUAUCAAGGAACUAGAGGUUUUAGCUGAUUGUAUCUGUAACGGGCAGCAGACGGGGUGUGAGUUAAAUAACGAUACAAUGGAAUAUAACUGUAUUUGUGGUGGGAAUACUAAAGGCCAGUUUUGCGAAUCUUGUCAACCAUUAUUCAACCAACAACCAUUUAAAUAUGGCGUACCAUGUGAUACCUGUAAUUGUAACCAGCAUGCAUCAGAAUGUUUCUAUGACAAGGGUGUAGCAGCCCUCAAACAAAGUACUGACGGCAAUGGAACUAAAAAUGGUGGAGGGGUUUGUGUCAACUGUCUUCACCAUACAACUGGUGUUAACUGUGAGAAAUGUUCCACGAAUUAUUUUCGACCAAUAGACAAACAGCAAACAGAAGAGGCAGCUUGUGUCCCGUGUGAAUGUUCCAUGUCUGGUUCCACUGUCAAUCCAGUAUCGUCGAUCGUGGCUGAUUGUAUCAUGAAUAAUGAUAACUCUCUAGAAGCUGGACAGGCUCCAGGAGAUUGUUUUUGUAAGAAAAAUGUUGAAGGAACGAAAUGUACUCAGUGUAAAAAGGAAUAUUUUAAUCUAAGAGCAGAUAACUCUGAUGGUUGUCAACCAUGUGAUUGUGAAGUGGGAGGAACUAUUGGUAGUAAUAAAACAUGUGAAAACGAUUCCACGGGACAGUGUAACUGUAAACAGAAUGUCCAGAAUCGACAGUGUGAUGAAUGUAAAGAUGGUUUUUAUAAUCUUAACCCUAAUAACGCUGAAGGAUGUACUGCAUGUGGAUGUGAUCCAGGUGGAUCCCAGUCAAUGACCUGUGAUAAAACAUUUGGAAAAUGUCCGUGUAGAACGAACAUAGACGCCAUGAAAUGUGACAGCCCGAGUGAUUUACAUUAUUAUCCAGAUGUUCAUUUUAUAUCAGCCGAGUUUGAGUACGGAACAGGGGAUGCUUCUUUAAGUCGAGGACCCCAAUAUGGUGGAUUUAAAGGAGAUGGAUACGCUGAUUUGAAAUCAGGGAAUUUAGUAGGAGUAAACUUAGCUAUUCCUGGUGGAACUCAGCUAACAGGAGAAUAUAUUCUAAUCAUUCGAUAUACUACUACCAUAGCAUCUACAGGUCAACUAGAGGUCAAAUCUUUAGGAACAUCGCCAUUAAUGAUAAAUUUCCCAGUAUGCUCUAGUGGAUGGUGUUCCGUUAAUACUCUUGCCAGUCGUAAUUUUACCUUACAACCUGCAGUUUACACCGUAACUAUUAGAGUUCUAGGAGAUAUGUUCUUAGAUCAAAUUGUUGCUGUCCCUGUCGAGUUUGUUAACCCUCUAUCUUCGUUAGUCGACCCAUCCUUUUCCACAGUCUGUAAUGUUCUAGAGAAUAGCAUUGGGACUGACGAUGCUGUUCAGAAGUUAUGUAAGGCGAGUAUAUUCUCCAUGACGACCUAUUAUUUAAAUGGAGCCAGGUCAUGUGACUGUGAUAAAGAUGGCAGUAUGUCGAUGGAGUGUGAGGUUUAUUCAGGGACAUGUCGGUGUAAGCCGGGGGUAGGAGGUAGAAAGUGCGAUGAAUGUUUACCAGGAUUUUAUGAUUUAUCCAAUACUGGCUGUAAAGCAUGUGAAUGUAAGGGAAGUAACUCUGUAUGUGAUAAGGGAACUGGUCAAUGCGUCUGCCCACCUAAUACUAUUGGUAGAAUUUGUGAUACGUGUGCUGUUUAUCAUUGGAAUUGGAGCUCUGCUGGGUGUCAGCCUUGUGGUUGUGAUGUGACAGGCUCAAUCUCAGCCGGGUGUGACCAGAAGACGGGUGUGUGUACCUGUAAACUGGGUGUGGAGGGUGAGAAAUGUACCCAGUGUAAAGAUGAAUUUAAACUGUUCAGUGUCAGUGGAUGUUCGUCUUGUCUAUGUUCUACUGUAGGCUCUAACAGUACUGUUUGUGCUAAAACUACUGGACAAUGUAUUUGUAAGGAGAAUGUCGCAGGUAUGAUAUGUGAUCAAUGUUCAGCCACGUCUUUCUAUCUGGACAAGGCUAACGAUGCAGGGUGUCUGGACUGUGUUUGUAUGGGAAUUACUCAGUCUUGUUCUUCCAGUACUCAGCGUCUUUCUAGGACUUCAACUCUACUGACGACAAACUUGGGAGGCAAACUACAAGCUUCUAUACAACUGAGUGAUGGACAGGGGGCGCUAGUAAACAAUACUAUCAACAUUAUAUCCGGGGACACGAUGUAUCUAUCUGUAACUCAGGAGGGGACAACUCCUCAAUAUUGGAUGGCUCCUGGUGAUUUAAAGGGUAACUUACUCCAUUUGUAUGGUAUGAAUAUAGACACUGACAUCCAGUACACAUCGACUGGUAGCGGAACAGCGAGUCCGGCUCAAGCCAUCAUGGUUGGACGGAAGGGAAGAUAUGUUCACGAUUUUGGGGCACCUGGCGCAGACAAUAAAACUCAACUUAGCGUAAAGGUUGAUGAGAAAUCGUGGUUGAAAGAUGGAACGACAGCGUUAAAUCGAAGUGACUUUAUUCUUGCCAUUAGCAGCGUGGAUUAUAUUCUCUUACCUGCUUCAUUUUUAAACGGACCUCAUACAUCACAGUUACAUAGACUGGUUUAUUAUAAAAAGGAAUCAACAGGCUCGGUGAACCUCAUGAUGGAAAACUGUCAAUGUGGGACAGGCUACAUUGGGUCGUCUUGUGAGGAAUGCGCCCCUGGGUACAGGCGAGAUAAAGUAGGGGAGAAGGGCUACCUGGGGGUCUGUGUACCCUGUGAAUGUAAUAACCAUGCAACAGAAUGUAACCCUGACACUGGGGACUGUAUUAACUGUCAACAUCAAACUACAGGAUCCAAAUGUGAGAUGUGUAAGGCUGGUUACUAUGGUGAUGCUACACUAGGGACACCUAGUGAUUGUAAUGAAUGUAUGUGUUAUCCCCCACGUGUUGUCAACUCGACCUGUGAACAGGAGUCAGGCAGUAUAAAAUGUCUAUUCUGUGAAACUGGAUAUGUUGGUAAUCUCUGCGAUGAAUGUGACACAUUUUACUAUGGCAACCCUAACAUAUUGAACACUGGGAAAUGUACAAGAUGUAAUUGUAACGGGAACAGCGAUUCAUGUGAUAAAAACACUGGGAAAUGUAUUGACUGUAAAUCACAAACUGUCGGAGACCAUUGUGAACGCUGCCAAGAUGGCUUCUUCGGAAAUGCUACAUCUCAGAGUUGUGCCAAUUGUGCAUGUUCCCCAGGGGGUUCAAGUUCCUCAGUUUGUGACACCAGUACAGGACAAUGUCCGUGUUACACAGGGGUUGGUACCAGACAGUGUAGUAAAUGUAAAACAGGAUUCUGGGGAUACUCUGAUCGCCGGUCAUUUGGUUCGUAUUCCAAGAAUUUUUCCUUGUUUCUUCCUUGUCCAUUUAACCUACAGUGUUGUGUACCGUGUAACUGUAUUGAGGCAGGAAGUACCACGUUACAGUGUAAUGAUGCUGAUGGGAAAUGUACGUGUAAACCUAACGUUCAGGGUGAUAAAUGUGAUACCUGUGAAGAUGGAUAUUUUGGUUUACCAACUCAACCUUGUGAAGUCAACCUACUGUCAGUGGAUAGAAAAUAUUCUAAGAAACUAAGUUGUUUUCCUUGUAAAAUGGAUACUAAGAGGUUUGAUGAAGGACCAGCUGCUUGUAACUGUAAUGUAACUGGAACUGUAACUGGUCAGAUGACAUGUAACAAGACAUCAGGUCAAUGUGACUGUAAAUCAGGAGUAAGUGGAAGACAAUGUAAUGAAUGUAUGAAGUUUUAUUCUGGGUUCAGUGAAGCCGGCUGUACUGCAUGUGGAGAGUGUGAACAGUCUCUAGGUAACGACACUUUAAAACAGAUCGAAAGAUACGCAGAAUUGUGGAGCGGAACUCAGAAAGUUUCAGGGAUACAAGAACAAGACAUGGUGCUACGUAAUCUGCAGUCAGAGUUAAAUAUGACCCUGGGUAACCUAGGACUAGGAGGUGGUUCGUCUCAAACCAGUGUGACAGCUAAUCUCUCCAGUUUAACUACUAGUAGUAAUACAGAAAUAGACAAACUCAUGUCACAGGUGACGCGUUUAGAAAAAGGAACUGAACAGUAUAAAAACGACUGUACCGCAGCAAAUAAUAAAAUUGUUGUCAUGGUAACAAAAAGUAAUAUGGUACUUAGUAAUGCUUCAGCUGUCAAACAGAAAUCAUCGAACUAUGAUUUAACCUUGACAACAUGGGACACCACGGCUACACAGAUAUUGAACCAAGGUAGUUCUGAUGGCAGUGGUAUUAGUCUAGAUUUCUCCGCGGAGAAACAGAAGGCAGACGCAGUUCUGGCCAAGAUAAAAGAUGUAACAAGGGUUGGUAGUAUGGAUACUAAAGUCAGUCAACAGUCUGGUUUGAUAGAUAAUAUAAAAACACAGUCGAGUACGGUAGAAACGGACAUCCAGUCGGGAGCCAAAUCCGUGCUAGAUAAGGAACAGGAGCUAGUGGCAUUACUGGCCAAAGAAACAGACAUCCGAACAAAACAAACCACUGCCAGGAGAUACAAAACAAACACAGAAGAGAAUGUCUUAGAAGCUGGUAAACUGAUAUCGAAAGCUGACAAUGAAACUAAAACAGCCCAGACUGAUUUGGACAGUGGGAAAGCUGCUGUGCUCAAACAUGAUGCUAUUUAUAACGGCGUGGCAAUGACUGCUGUAGCAGACGACCUUAAACCACUUCCAACUGGUUAUGAUAAUUUCGUAAAUGGCGCUGCGGAAUUAAACAGAACUCUUGGACCAGCUGAGACUGCCAGAGAUGCCGAGGUACAGACAGUAGCUGCUGCUGAAAUUACAGCUAGGAGUCUGAUGAAUGCUGCCGAGUUGUUAAACCAGACAUUUUUAGAGGUAAAAGGAAGGGGAGAUAAUGCAGUCGAUGCUAUAAAUAGCUACGAGAAAGUUACACCAUUAUUAAACGAUGCUCUGAAUCUGUCAGGAAACGCCAAUAAAACUAUCGAAGAAACACGAACAAUGAUGGCAGGAAUAAGUGUCAUGAAUUUAGAAACUUUAGCCAAUACAGCGAAAUUAGCCAGCGAACAGAUGAGAACAGAGUUUACUUCUCUGAAUUAUGGUACAGAAGUGUUAAAGAGUCGUAUUGAAAGUGCCAAUGCCAGCCUGGUAGAAACUGUAAAUGACUGGAACAAAGUAGAAACAUUAAUCAAUCAGAUGACAGCUAGCGCCAAUCAGCUUAAAACAACAUCAGAAGCGAACACAGUUAACCAAGUGGUAUCUGAGGGUGAUGUAGCUGUCAGUCAAGCUGAAGAACUGUUAACCAGACUGACGGCGACUAGCGAUGCCCACGUUAGUAACCUGAAUACACGAGAGAGUCAGAUAAACACACUGAAAGAUCUAUCAGCUACUGGUAAUCAACUUAUAACUAAUACAGAACAGAGUUUGACCACCCACAACACAAACAUUGAUACAAUGAAUCGUCAAAUAGAACACGUUAACGGAUUAAAAACAGAAACACAGACUCUGAAAGAAUCGUUGGAAAGUAAAGUUACAAGCAUUAAGGCAAAGAUAGCUACAGCAUUAUCGAAACUGAAAACUUUAAAACAACCCAUCCAUUUUAACGGCAGUUCACCGAUCUCCGUGACGAACCCUAUUACCACAUCUGAUCAGAAUUAUAAUGAUAUUUCUCUGGAAUUCCGAAAAGAAUCAGGAGUUACCAACGGUUUGAUAUUUUUCACAGAGAACACCAAUUCUGGUGCAGAACUCUCGCUUGAGUUAGUGGCUGGUAAAGUUACGUUCGAUUAUAACACCAACCUGGAUCCAGUGACAAUUGAGAAUCCAGCUGUAAUUUGUGAUGGAUGUUGGGCCAAGAUCAUAGCUUCAAGAUAUGGUAACAGUGGCCAUUUAACUGUAAAAGUUUUAUCUACUGGAGGUCUUGCCACAAUGGCAGGCCGAGGCAAGAGUAGCAGUCAGAAUCUAUUAGUCAACAGUCCAUUAAUGUUUGGUGGUCUUCCUUCUACAUAUCAGACUACCAAAGUUAGAACAAGAAAUUUCUUGGGCUGCGUUCAAAAAGCUGAUUUCAAUGGAAAUGAUGUCAACUUGUGGCAGGAGGCGAUUGAUCUGAACUGGGAACCAAAAUGUUGUCGUCAACCAUUACAAACCAAGCCUGAUAAUCUCUCACCAGGUGUCAGCAUUGAUGGUUCAGGUUAUCUUCUCUUGAGUCAAUCCACGCUGAAUUUAGCAGCAAGAUCUUCGCUGUACUUGACAAUAAAGUUCAGAACAUUUAACCCAAAUGCUGCGAUAUUAUUGGUUAUUUCUUCGGACAAGUUAACCAAAUACACCCUGUUUUUACAAGAUGGUAACGUGAAUUUUGAAUAUGGUACGAGUGCCAACAUGUUCACAGCCAAAAGUCAGAAGAAAUACAACACAGGGGAGUGGGUACAGGUAAUAGCUCAGUUUACAGCUAACCAAUUUGAAUUAGAGACGAAGAUAGAUGGAGUUACUUCCCCUACUCCUGAUAAGAUUAUUAAAGGGGCUCUACCAGUUAGUUUAGUUGGACUAGAUAGUCAGGAUAUUAUAAUCGGGGUGAACAAAAAUCCCAAUGAUGUCGACUAUAGUCGAAGUGAGAAAAAUUUUGCUGGAUGUUUGAAAGAGUUAAAGUUUGGAAGCGGAGUAGAUAGUUUGACAGAAUUAUCGUUAAGUUCUAAUCCAAUCAAAUCGCUUGGUGUGUCAACCUCAGGCUGUUAUAAUACUAUAUUGAAUGGAAUGAGGUUUACAUCUCUUACCAGUACAGCGGAACUAAAUGUUGGAGCCGCGACGCUAGCAGCGUUACAGCAGAUAGAAUUUACCUUGAUCACUUCUGAACCUAAAUCUAUAUUACUCUAUAUACAGGAGGCUGUCAGUGCUACUCGGAAACUGUAUAUUAGUCUAUUCCAUGGAAAUAUUAUCGUAAUAUAUCAGGAGAAUAAUCAACAGAUAUUCGAAGUCAUGACAACUGGAUUGUAUCUUAGUGACGGUCAACAACAUAAUAUCAAAUUACAAAUAUUACAACCCAAAGCGAAGUUGACUGUUGGAAACUCCGUGCUUGAAUCAAGUCAGGAUCUAGUAGCGAGUCCUCUCAGUUUUACCAAUACCCCUACUCUACACGUCGGUGGUGUGCCAGGAACCAUAACUCUACCAGCCAGUUUCCCUGCUAGAACAUCUUUAAUUGGUUCCAUAAGAGAACUUAAAGUCAACUCAGUGCUAUUGGAUCCAUUUGCUGCUGGAGUAAUAGUAAAAGAAGAUGGUUUAGAUUUGAGUGGGGUCGCAACACCCUCAGGUUUCAUACCCCCACCCCCCUUCACAACAACUACUCCACCUGUAACAAUACCACCCCCUUCCUGUGCAACGGUUACAGUACCGUCGUAUCUGGAGGCGUCUGCUGGGGUCUGGUUUACUGGAGCUGAUAAUGAGAAUCUGAAUUACGACAGGACAAACAUCCCUGCCAACAUGUUCCGAACAAGUUUUAUGAUAUUUAUAACGUUUCAAUCGUUCUCACCCAAUGGUAUCCUGUAUUACAUGGCCAAUCAGAACACCAAUCAAAACGAAUAUUUCAUGGUAUAUCUACGAGACGGCUACAUACAUACUAAAUUUAAAGGUAAACUAGAGGCCACAGGGGAGGUAAUUGAGUAUGAUUUUAAAUCAGAUCUACGCUACAAUGAUGGAGUCAAGUAUCAAGUUGAUAUUCUGAGAUUGAAUAAUUUCCUAGCAUUGGUUGAAAAAACACGUAAAGAUUACGCCAAUAACGCUAUAGAAACAACACAAGCCUCCACCUUAGAUAUUAAUACUAAUGUUUAUAUCGGAGGGAUAAACCAGGCUGUUGGAAGAGCCAUCUUACCUAUUACAGAAAACGUGAAUUUUGUUGGUGCUGUUUAUAACGUAGAAUUAAAAAUGGAUCCUGUCUCAUACACCUUCGACCUCAGGAAUGCUACAGGACAAGAGGCAACAGGUCUGAUCUAUAAAAGUGCUGUUUAUGGAGUUUCAUUGACUGGUGUUAAUUCAUACAUCAAAUUAGAAAAUCCUUUAAAUGGCAACGAGUUAUCAUUUACUCUUGGUUAUAGAUCCAUUCAAACAACCGUUAAUCUAUUAACUAUUUACGAAACCAGUGGUAAAUUUGUCGUCUUAGAUUUACUCAACGGAAAGAUUCGAGUUUUACUUGCCAGCUCGACUUCCGGUGGUCAAAGUUUUAUUUCCGUAAGUGAACAACAGAUUAACGUGUGUGACAAUGAACGCCAUAAUAUCACUGUAGCCAUUGGUCAGUUAGGCGUAGGAAUACAGUUAGAUACGUUCAUUAACCAGGUGUUCCCGUAUCCCAUGGGAUUAAAUCCUCCAUCUCUUCGCAACAGACCUGUCUAUAUCGGGGGGUUGGAAGACACGAGUCUGGUAUUCCCCGAUCCUGUGAGUAAAGAAAGUUUACGUGGAUGUGUAGAGAGGUUCGUUCUUCAGGGAGUCGAGUAUGAUCUUACUCAACAGAUUAAGAGUAGCAGUGGACUGACCUACGCUUGUCCUGUCUAG